AUGCCUUCCAAGACAAAGUUUGCGAUUGGACUGGCAGCCUCUGGAUCCCUGAUUGCGGCCGCACCUNNUUGCGACAUCUACGCCUCAGGUGGUACUCCCUGCGUCGCUGCCCAUGGCCUCACGCGUGCUCUUUAUGAUUCCUACAAUGGUCCGCUCUAUCAAGUUACGCGCAGUUCAGACGGUUCUACAAUGGACAUACACCCUCUUCAAGCAGGGGGUGUAGCAGAUGCCGCUGCACAGGAUGAUUUUUGCGCCAGCACGACCUGCGUCAUCAGUCUUCUCUACGAUCAGUCAGGCAACAACAACGUCUUGUCCAGAGCCCCUCCCGGUGGCUUUAAUGGUCCAUACACCAAUGGCUACGAUGAUCUGGCUAGCGCCAUCGGCGCGCCUGUAACUUUGAAUGGUCAAAAGGCUUAUGGCCUGUUCUCCUCGCCUGGUACUGGUUACCGCAACGAUCAGACGACAGGUAUCGCCACAGGCGGUGACCCCGAAGGUAUCUACGCUGUCAUGGACGCAAAUCAUUUCAACGACAAUUGUUGCUUUGAUUAUGGCAAUGCUGAGGUCAACAAUCAUGACACGGGUAACGGUCAUAUGGAAGCUGUAUACUUCGGUAAUUGUACGGUAUGGGGUUCAGGUGCAGGCGAGGGUCCCUGGCUCAUGGCUGAUCUUGAGAACGGUCUCUUCUCCGAGCAAAACCUCGCUCAGAACCCCAAUGAUCCCACGCAAACCGAUCCUUUUGUGACUGGCAUGGUCAAAGGUAUGACCGACCAGUGGGCUAUUCGCGGCGGAAAUGCCCAGUCCGAUGGCCUGUCUACCUACUGGAACGGUCCAUACGACACGGACGGUUACAAUCCCAUGCACAAAGAAGGAGCCAUUAUUCUUGGUAUUGGCGGCGAUAACAGUAACGGAGCUCAGGGCACAUUCUACGAGGGUGUGAUGACUAGCGGAUAUCCUUCCGAUGAUGUUGAGAAUCAAGUCCAAGCCAACAUUGUUGCCGCAGGCUAUGCCGCAGUGGAUCUCAAUACUUCACCCCUGACGGUGGGCUCAACCAUCACCAUUCGUGCAACUACUCCUGGCUAUGAUACUCGCUACUUCGCUCAUGAUGGGACCAAGAUCGUCACCGAAGUUACCACCACUGCAAACUCGACUGCAGAACAAGAGACAGCACAGUGGGUCGUACGCAAUGGUCUGGGCUUCAGCGGUUGUUACAGCUUCGAAUCUGUCGAUCAGCCCGGCACCUUCAUUCGUCACUAUGGCUUUGAACUUUAUCUAGAGACUGGAAAUGAGAAGCAAUUCUUCGAGGAUGCGACUUUCUGCUCCCUGACCGGUUUGCAGGGUCAGAACACCAACACCAUUCGUUCUUGGAGUUAUCCCACACGCUUCUUCCGCCACUAUGCAGAUGUUGGUUAUGUCGCCAGUGAGGGUGGUGUUCAGUUUUUCGACGCUACUAGCAACUACAACUACGAUGUUAGUUUUGGGGUCAGCAGUGAUUUCUUGAGUGGUUGA